GCCAAACCAAUCGAGCGUUGCUGGUUUUUUCAGCUUCUUCCUUCGCUUGUCGAGUUGGGGCAGGAAGACAUCUGGUGCUCUGAUGGGCGGGGAAUAGUUAGUGAUUCAAAUACGAAAGAGUAGUUAUUUUCUUAUGAACGAAGAAAUAUAAAAAAUGGAAGAUGGGUGUUCGUCUGUUAGUGUUGGGGAAUUCAUUAGGAAGGAAGUCAGGGAUUGGGACGACGAAGCCACGGCGACUGCCCGUUUCAAGGCGUUUAGCGGGCAAAGAUCAGACUGGGAGAGUAGAUUUCUCUUCUGGAGAGAUUUGAUCAUUAAGGUCGCUCGCCAUCUCCGCAUUUUCAUCAUUUCUCCUUCCCAGGUUAAAAGCAGUUGGUUUAAUCGAGGAGGCUUGACCCCUUUAUGCCUAGAUGAUGUUCUGUUUCUCAUGUAUAAUGAAGGUGACAUUGUACGAAGUAAGGAUGUUGUGGAUCCAACAAGUGGUCGACUUUCCCAGCUUUACAGAAAAGUAAUCCAUUUGUUGGCUAGAUCAACACCUUCAGAAAUUAUGCUGGAAGAUUAUGUCAUUCUUUUGCCAGUGUUGAAGGAUAAAGCUGAUGAAAUUGUCAAAAUUUUAUCUGAAAGCCAUUGGACUUCUUCAUGUAUUAUCACAAUGAAAAAGUUCCAAGAAAUCUGUGGAGGAUACAAUGAAGCAACGGCUGUCUUGAGUUUCUUGUCAGGAUGUCAGAAAGCACAGUACCUCACAAUAAAAAAGAUGGAACUCAUAGAGGGUGUGAAAAUUUCACUUUCUCCAGCAGCAGUUUGUAGUAUCACUAGCCUAGACUCUGAUGUGUUGCAGUUGAUUUGGACAACAGAAAAGCUCCAGCAACAACUUGAAGUCAUUGACCGUCGCUGUGACAAGUCAAAAAAAUUGGCAUCAGCUUUUAUGAAUUCCGGAAACAAAAAUGUUGCUUUGAGGCACGCAAGGGAAUUAAAAUUGGCAUAUGGGAAUCGAGAAAAAUGUAUGUCAUUUUUAAACCGUGUGGAGGAAGUCCUCAAUGUUAUCAGCAAUGCUGAAUCUACAAAAAAGGUUUCUGAAGCCAUCCAGAUAGGUGCUCGAGCAAUGAAAGAAAACAAAAUCAGUGUGGAAGAAAUUCAACUGUGUCUACAGGAGCUGGAUGAGAGCAUUGAUUCACAAAAGCAAAUUGAAAAAGCUCUUGGAUCAAGUCCAUCAUCCGUUGAUGUUGAGGAUGAAGAUAUUGAAGAUGAGCUCGAUCUGCUAGAGUUGGAAGUCAAGAACUUCCUAGUCCCAACCCCUAAAGCAAAAUCCGAGGCCUCAGAAGCUGCUGAAUCCCUGAGUGAUGCUUUAAUUAAUCUCAAGCUUGCAGACGCAGCAAGCAAGGAGACAAUGACCCUACACGGUGGAACAGAUUCUACAGCCUCAUCAAGAAAUAAUGCAUUGAAGAAUCUCAAGCUUGAAGCAGCCUAGAUGAACCUCACAGAGUGCAACAUAUACAGUAGUUGAUAUGUUGCUAAAAUGCCGACCAAAUGUUUAGCAUCUGAUCUUUACGCAUAUUUUGUAUAUAAUGUAUUUACAUUCACCAACUCCACAAAACAAGACAAGGUGUAUUUAUAUGCUGCUGUGUUAGAAUAUUUCAGAGCAUAUGUGUUGAAGAUGACACAACUCAGUUAUUUUUUGAGACAA